AUGCUUCUAAGAGCUAGAAUUCACAAUGUUUACCGAAUCACAAGUAUUAUAAAUAGACUUUCAUUUACUCGAAGUUAUGGUCUUAAGUAUUAUCCACCAAAUAUUCCACAAGAUGAACUUGAUCAAAUAAUGUUAAAAACUGGAGAAUUUCUUAAAGAUUAUGAUCCUCAAAAUAAUUUAACAACAUUAAGUGCAAUAUAUACUAAAUUUGGAUGGUUUUUCAUUCCUUCUAUUUAUAAUCAAUCCAAAAAAUCUGAAAUUGUAUUAACUAAAGAUUUAAUUAAUGCUGGAGUUGAUGAAAAUACUCCUCAUACAGAAAUUCAAAAUUAUAUUGAUGAAUGGUGUAGACAUAAUUUACCAAUUACUCCAGAUGUUAAAAAAUCAAAGAAAGUCAAUAAGAAAGCAGUUGAUGAUUUAUUUAAUGAUGCAAUGGGUAUAAAUAAAAAGAAAGAAGAAGCAAAAUUAGCUAAAGAGAAAGCUAAAGAAGAAGCUAUAAGAUUAAAACAAGAAGAAAAACGAUUAAAAGAAGAAGCAAAGAUAAAAGCAAGAGAAGAAGCAAAAUUACUUAAAUUAAAAGCUCAAGAAGAAUUCAAGAUUCAUAAAUUUGAAGAAACUUUGAUUAAAAGACCACAUACUAAGAAAUAUACUAUAAUUGUUAAAUUUGAUGAAAAUACUGGGAAAUAUGAUAUAUUAACAAGUAUAACUAAAGAUAUUGUAAAAGAUUAUUUUGAAACUGAAAUGUUUUAUAAAUUAUUAAAAGAAGGUAAAAAAUAUGAUGAAUGUAGAGAAAUUAUGCAAAAUGUUUGGAAUGAAAAAAGUCAAACAGAAAUUGAAAUGUCCAAAUUUAAAAUUGCUAAUAUGUUGAAGAAUGGUAAUGAUCAAUAUAAAGGUGAAACUAUCUCUCUUAAAGAUGCUUUAAGUGAUCCAUUAUCUGACGGUACUCAAAGGAGAGUUGGUUUUGUCCCUAAACAAUAA